UCCAGUUCAGUGGUAGAAAGACACUGGCAUUGAAUGUAUGAUCCAGUGAUAUGAAUACCGGACAUUGGUUAGCACGCGUAAAACUACUUCAUAUGUUUGUGAACCUGAGCGCAAGCUAAACGCAACUCUUUACAAUCAUACAAACUGACUGUAAACAGGAAGACUCACUUGUAUCAGAUUCUAGAUUUUCUGCAAUGUCUGCAAUACGAAAAGAUGUCCUGAGAGAUGAAAAUUUGAUCAGAAAUCUAGAGGAGAUAGCAAAAGACACCGCUCUUUUACAUGGGGUGUUGAUGCGGACCAAAGAAACUCCCAACUCUCCUGAGGUGGUGAGUUAUGCACCGUUCACAUUGUUCCCAUCACCAGUACCUUCAGCACUCUUUCAUCAGGCACUGGCAGUUCAAACAUAUUUUAACCGGUUGGUGGACCAGGUCAGCCAGAAUCCCACCUUUCUAGAGGAAACUCUGGCCAGCACCAUCAAAGUUGACGAUUUUACAGCCAGACUUUUCAGCAUAUACAGACAAGUUCGACAGGAAUGUCAAUCCCAGUCAAUAGUUUUGGGACUAAAUCGUUCAGACUACAUGUUGGACCAAAAUCCAGAAGGUGGGACAUCUUUAAAGCAGAUUGAAAUCAACACUAUAGCUGCCAGUUUUGGUGGUCUUUCUUCACGGACACCAGAUGUUCAUCGGCACAUUCUGAAGGUUGCAAACCUGUUAGAGGAAUGUGAUCAAAUUCUUGACAACAACCCAGCAGCAGGUCUGGCGAGAGGUUUGGCAAAAGCUUGGGAGCUCUAUGGAUCUGAGAGGGCAGUGGUUAUGUUUCUGGUUGAGGAUGUCCAGAGAAAUAUUUAUGACCAUCGAUAUGUAGAAAAUGAGUUGUGGAAGAAAAAUAUUCCUGUUAUAAGAAGACAGUUUGAAGAUGUUUGUAGAACUGGAUCACUGGACCAGAGCAAGAGGCUCUUUGUAGAUGGGCGAGAAAUCGCCAUUGUUUACUUCCGUAAUGGAUACAUGCCCCAAAACUACACAUCAGAGCAGAGCUGGGAGGCACGGCUGAUGAUGGAGCGCUCUCUAGCUGUGAAGUGUCCAGACAUCAGCACCCAUCUUGUUGGGACUAAGAAGGUCCAGCAGGAGUUGGCUCGGCCAGGGGUUCUGGAGCGCUUAUUCCCUGAUGAACCUGAAACAGUUGUUCAGAUUCGGGCCACAUUUGCUGGGCUGUACACAUUGGACAUGGGAGAAGAAGGUGAUAAAACGGUGGCAAUGGCUUUGGCCAAUCCUGAUCAAUAUGUGCUUAAGCCUCAGAGGGAGGGAGGUGGUAACAACAUUUAUGGAAAGGAGAUCUGUGAGGUACUGGAGAACAUGAAGGACUCCAGUGACAGAACAGCCUACAUCCUGAUGGACAAGAUCCAGCCUCGUCCCGUAGAGAAUUACCUGCUCAGACCAGGAGCUCCUCUCAGACUGAGCUCCUGCCUCAGUGAACUGGGUGUGUUUGGAGCGUACGUCAGCAGGAAAGGCAAUGACAUGGUGUUUAAUGAAUGUGUGGGCCACCUGCUGAGGACCAAGAGCUCUGAGCAUGCUGAUGGGGGUGUGGCUGCAGGAGUAGCUGUACUGGAUAACCCACUUCUGGUGUGAACUAUACCACCCCCCAGUGGACAGGAGGAGAAUUACACUGCUUCAUUCCCAUUACAUAACUUUUCUACCUGGUGUGAUAAUGUAAUAAUAAUAAUAAUGUAAUAGAAAAAUGAUUAUUCUUAACAUGUUUAAUUUUCUGUUGUUUUAACAGAUUUUUAUCAACUACACUGGUAAAAUAUUCAUGUUAACCAACAUUCAUGUCCAAACAUAAUCCUGUGAACUAGAUUAUGAAACUGAAACUGUGGUUGCUUAUGCUCUUUUAAGACAGAUGACCAAAGCUAAGCUCAAAUGAAAUAUGAAGCCUUACUGUAUGUCAUUUAUAUGAAGUUCAGUAAAAACUUUAGAGAUGUUUUAAACAGUUAAAUUCUGGGGCCAUUUCAUGGAAAUAACUCAAUCUACUGGAAUAUCUACUGGAAAGUAUUUUAUUUGAAUUAUUUUUAUAACAUAAACCUCUUGGCAUAAACCUUGUGGUAGAGACUAAAAGGGAUAUUUCACCCAAAAACCAAUUCAUAACGCAAUAACAAAGCAUAAUGUAAUAACUGCACAUCAAGUUAAAUGUAAUAUUGUAAUCAUUUUUAAAAAUGUAAAACAAAAAUGUGAGCGCAUACUGUAAUAACAUUUAUUUUGCUAAAUGUAAUAGGUUAUUACAUUGAGAAUGUUACAUUAUGAGCUAAAAAGAUUUUAAUGAAAAAUGUAAUAAUAUUCAAAACAAAACAAAUCUAAAUCCAUUCUUAAAGGGACAGUUCAACCAAAAAUGAACAUUCUCUCAUCGUUUACUCAACAUCAUGCCAUCUCAGAUGUGUAUGACUUUCUUCUGCUGAACACAAAAAUUUUUAGAAGAAUAUUUCAGCUCUGUAGGUCCUUUAAAUGCAAGUGAAUGGUAACCAGAACUUUGAAGCUCCAGAAUGCACAUAAAGACAGCAUAAAAAUAAUCCAUCAGACUCCAGU